CUCACUGGCUACAUCUGUCUUCAUUUCUUUCCCUCCCCUCAAGCUCUUCCCUGGGACUGACUGGAGCCCUGGCCACACCUGCGUUAUUCCACCUGCUGAGGAUUCUCCUGCCCUGACUGUCACCUGCCAUAGGAAUGGGGAAAGAACUGUGAGACUGACUUCUUAACAAAUGUAUCUGGUACAAGAGGAAUCCGACAUGCUGCUUUGGUGCUCAGGUCACCAGAGAUGCAAAUCCAGGAGAGUUCGAAGUGUCAUCUUGAAAACCUGCUGAAAAUGCACUUUUUCUACCUCAAUAUUAUCGUACCUGAAGUUGGUGACUGCUAUAUCCUCAGGGCUGAGCAACUGCCUCCGUUGACUGGGAAGGGUUCAUGUUAAACAUCUAAUCUAUUCCAUCCUCAGUAUGAAUGAAAGACAUUUUGGGUCGGACCAAUCGGAUGGGGCAUCUGACAAUCCAAUCAACUUCUCUAGCAUGCCAGAGCUAGAGAGCCCCCUGCAAUCGCCCAAGGAAAAGAGACCUUACAAAUGCAACCAGUGUGACAAGACGUACCGCCAUGCAGGAAGCUUGGUAAAUCAUAAAAAGACCCAUCAGAUAGGACUCUACUCGUGUCUCAUCUGUCAGAAAGAAUACUCCAACCCGAUGGGAUUAAAAAAUCACCUGCGUAUUCAUUCGGAGGAAAAACGUUUCAGAUGCAGUGAAUGCGGAGAGUGUUUUCGUAUGGCAAGGGAACUUUCCGCUCAUAGCAAAGAAGCCCAUGCCUUUAACUAUGGGUCCAAUGGAGAAAAUGUUCCAGGCAGUCAAGAAAGCAUGGGCUCCGGUACACCUGUAGUGGCAGAAAACAGCAGCUUGAUUAGUAACAUAGAGAAUUACAUUGCAGAGUCCAUGGUGCCGGGAGAUUUCUCACAACUUAUUUCAAAGUAUUACCCAGAUGUAAACGGUGAAGUGGAGUGUGAAGAAAGCCACAAUGAACAACUAGAAACUGCCACGGAGCUAAAUGAUGUACAGAUAACUGACAAGAGCUCAGAGGAACGCCGGUACACAUGCAAACAGUGUGGGAAGGCCUAUAAGCAUGCAGGUAGCCUGGCCAAUCACAAGCAGACCCAUAAAGUUGGAGUCUAUCAGUGUGGCAUCUGCUUCAAGGAGUUCUCAAAUCCUAUGGCAAUGAAAAAUCAUUGCCGUGUGCACUCAGACUCAAGGAAUUCAAGGCUUUUUAAAUCACCCUAUUCUACAUCAAUGCUAGCUGACCAUGCUACAUUAAACAAUACAGCACUUGCAAAGCCACAACCAGCCAUAAAUAAUUCUAGGCAUGUGCAAGAGAAGUGUGAUGAACAGCUGGCAAUGUUGGAUGGUUCAGAAGGCAGCAUGUCUGAAGAAGAAACACUAAAAGCACCUCUUGACAAACUUUGCAGUUUGCAAGAUAGUCCUCCAAAGCGAUCAAGUCCCUCUGGAAAGUCCAAUGGGCAACAGACUGGUAUAGACACAAGUAUAGACAUUGGCCUUAAGGAUUCAUGCAACCAUAGCACAGCUUGUGAUGAUAUGAGUGCAGCAGCUCUUACACGUUCUUUUAGACCAGAGGAUAAAGCUAGCCAGAGCCAAUCAGAGCAACUUGGACAAGAAGGUACAGAUGAAGAAGAAGCUAAACCAGGGGAGAGCUUAGAAAACCGACCUUUUAAGUGCCAAGCGUGUGAAAAGACUUAUAGGCAUGCAGGAAGCCUUAUUAACCACAAAAAAACUCAUCAAACAGGAGUGUAUAGUUGCUCUGUGUGCUCCAAGCAGCUUUUUAACAUGGCGGCCUUAAAAAACCAUCUCCGAGCUCACUUCAAAUCCAGGGUAGGAAGGCGGUUGGGAGACAGCUAUUUUGAACCCGCUAGCUUUUCUGAUGAACUCUUCCACAGUGCAGAGGAAUCUCAUAAGUGUGAAGUGUGCAAUGAAAUAUUAGUGUCCAAGAAAGAUUUCUUGCAGCAUCAAGUGUUUCAUCAACAAGAGUGCAUAAAAGAUGCCUGCAAUGAUGUCGCUAAGGCAGAAGUUGACACUACCAUGGAGAACUGUUGGGGUGAAAAUCUCCAGAGUUCUCAAGGCAGCAGCGCACACUCUGCUUAUUCAAGUGCCCCUGUUAUUCUAGAUGUAAUCAAGAUGGAGAUUGAAAAUCUAUCUUCUCAGCAGCCAUUAGAGCAGAGUUCCCAUCAGGGCACAAUAGAAAUGCCUGGUGAAGGCUUUAGGAAAGAAAGUAUAGGUGACGGUUUCAAGAAUACUUUGGCAUGCUUUGAGCAGUCUUCAGAAGAUCAGAUUAUUUCAAAAGAGACAGACUUUUCUGGAGUGGAAGAACAUGACCCAACAUCUGAUGAUCGGCCUUAUAAAUGUGAAGCCUGUGGAAGGACUUAUAGACACAAAAGUAGUUUAUUGAAUCAUAAAUUAACUCACCAGACAGGAGUUUAUAAGUGCUCCAUCUGCCCCAAGCAAUACUCCAACCUAAUGGCACUGAGAAACCACCUCCGUUUCCAUUCCAGACGUUCUUCCGGAAAACAAAGUAGCACUUCCCUACAAAGUCAUCAGUUUCCUCAUCACAAGUUAAAAGAACAUCAGAAUAUGGGAAGUCCUACCCAUGUAACAUCUUUACAAUUGAGUUUAAAUGAAGAGGAGGCCUACACAACUCCAUUAAAUGAAGCUGAUGUAGCCAGCACAGAGCAAACAGCAGGUGAGCUGCCCAUUCUUUGUUCUUGUGGGAAGUUCUUUAAUUGUGCGAAGAGCUUUCAGACUCACAGUCAGUUCUGCAUGAAAACAGUGGCUGACUCUAGUUCUACAGUAAUCUCCACAGAGUUAAAAAGUGAAACAUUUCUGCUUUCAGAGGCCGUUGUUGAAACAAAAGAGGCAACCGAGGCUCAUGGAAACAUUCCAGAGGCCCAAGAACAACAAACUGGAAGAAAGUUGUACGAAUGCAACCUUUGUGAAAAGUCCUAUAGACAUUCAGGUAGCUUAAUCAACCAUAAGCGGACACAUCAGACAGGAGACUAUGUGUGUUCUGUUUGCUCCAAGCAUGUACAUAACUUGGCUGCCUUAAAAAAUCACCUCAGAAUUCACCACAAUGUUAAAAGAAGACAAGGAGAAAGAAGUGACAUUUCUGGGGUUCUCUUUCCUGAUAUGUAUUUCUCCCAGGGAAACCAGGAAAUGUUUAUCUGUGGGAAUUGUGAUGAAAUGUUCCAAAGUGAACAAGACCUUCUGACUCAUCAGGAGAUGCACCUUCAGCUGGGGGAUAGUUGGGAUCAGGGGCAGGAUUUAGGCAUGAUGGAAUUGAAUGCGACAAGUACAGAAGAAAAAGAAUCCAGUUUUAUGGGUUUUGAGGGCUAUAAUGACUGGGAAAGUUUAAAGGUCUCAGAAUCUGUUAAGGGGACAGAUCAAGAUCCUGAAAAUGAAGACCUUGAUUCUACAGAAAAGGAAAAUUGUUACUCCUGUGACGAGUGUGGAGAGCAGUUUAGAAGUGCUGUAGAAUUAACUAAUCACAAACAUACUCAUCAGACAGGUAUAUAUCAGUGCUCUUUCUGCCCCAAAGAGUAUCCUGACUUGUUAUCCUUAAGGAAUCAUUUUGUGUCCCACACAAAGCUCCAGGUUCUCAGGAAUGGUAAUCAAGAAGCCUCCGAUGGGUCAGAGGAUCGGGAACUUGUAGACAGCCUUCCAUCAUAUGAUAAUCGUUAUGACUGUGGUCAUUGUGGAAUGAUUUUCUCAAAUGAAGCAGAUUUCCAUCAGCACCAGGUUGCACAUGAAAAUCAGGUUAUCAGUAGUCUCCCUGGUAACUCUGUUGAAGACGAUCAGUUACGAGAGUUUUCGUUCCCUAUGCACACAUCAGAGCAAGAGCUGUUAAGAAGCAUAAAUAAUGAGAUGGAAAGUGGGGAGUCCGGUGAUGUGUCUGAUGGUGGCCCUCACCUAUCCCAUAUAUGUGGCUUCUGUGGCAAAACCUAUGAUGAUUUGGCAAGUUUAGAGGUGCACAGUUUAAGUCAUGCUGAUGACGUACCUCCUGCAGAUAAUAGCCACAUUGGUGCCGAAGUGGAUUUAGUGGAUACAAAUAUGCAAGCAAACACAGAUACAAAGCAAGAAGAAGAAGAAACAAAUCCUGUUGCGCAUUCCAAAAAUGACGAAAAUCAAGAGUGUCGUCCUUAUACUUGUGAUAAGUGUGGAAAGUCUUAUCGCCACGGGGGGAGCUUAGUAAACCAUAAAAAGACUCACUUAGUAGGCAACUUUAAGUGUUUUGUAUGUUCUAGACAGUACCCCAAUUUAGCAGCUUUUAGAAACCACCUGCGCCACCAUCCCAAAUGUAAAAAGCAGGCAUCAUACAGCAAUAUUCAGGAGCUGCAAGCUCAAAGCCCAAGUGAUGGUACACAUUCUGGGGAUAAUGGAGAGAUUGUGAUCAGUUCCCCGGCUUCUAGUGUCCCUUUACCAGAUCCUUAUGCUUCCCAGGAAAAUGCUAAUGAAUGCUCAAACCCACUAUAUAAUAAUACAAGUUUACAAAACCACACCUCAGUCCACCUUCCUUCCCAACCCCACAAAACCCGUUACAAGUCUUUAAGUAGGCAUGGUGGAGUCAGAUCUGCAAGAAUAUCUGGCAGAAGGAGGAGACUAGUUGCAAAUCGCAGCUUAGAUGAUUCUGUUCAGAACUCCUCAAAAAAGGAUUCUCAGAAUGCAUCAGAGGCUUUGGACAAACCUGUUCAAAUAUGUCCGUUCUGUGGCAAAGUGUUCCUUUUUGUUGAUGAGCUCUUGAAACAUCUUUCUGAGAGCUGUGAUAGCUCCAAGUGCAAUAAAGAAACAGGGUCUACAAAUACUGUAGACCAAGUGGACAUUAAAGAAAAAGCUCCCUUGUCUCUCUGUAGCGUUGGUCAGAAUAGGGAGACAGAAGAGACAUCUCAGCAACGUCCGUUCCGCUGUGAAGUGUGUGGAAGGAGCUAUAGGCAUGCGGGUAGUCUUAUUAAUCACAAACAAACCCACAAAACUGGUAUUUUCCGUUGUGCCAUUUGUCAGAAGCCCUUUUUUAACCUUAUGGCUAUGAAAAAUCACAACCGCAUCCACUUUGAGCUGAAGAGGCACAAGUGUCUGGACUGCGGCAAAGCUUUUCGCCUGUGCAAACAGCUGGAAACACACCAAAGAAUUCACAAGGAAAAGGCUUCAGCUAAAAGGCCUGGCCGACGUAAUGGUCGAGUUGUCCGACCUCGUAGAGGCUCUGCAUUACAAAAGCGAAAGUCACUGUGUGAUGAUGUCCCGGCUUCCAAUGUUAGUAAAGAUUCUUCUGUUAAAGACAAGGAAAGAAGAGACCGAAAGAGUCUUGGUGCUUCAGCUAAGAGGGAUCCUGACGCCCGGCCUUACCAGUGUAAGGAAUGUGGGCGUUCUUAUCGGCAUGCGGGUAGUCUUUUUAACCACAAGAAAAGCCACACUAUGGGACACUACUGCUGCUCCAUUUGUGGCAAAACCUACCCAAACCUCAUGGCAAUGAAAAACCAUCAGCGAACUCACUAUGAAGCAAAGAGGCAUGCUUGUGGAGAGUGUGGUAAGACUUUUAAGUGGAAGCGGCAGCUGAUUAGACAUCAGCGUGUCCAUAUUAAAGAGCAGAUUAAACAAGAAAAUGGCACUUCAGCAUUAGAGUCUGCUGCCUUAAGCACAGAUCUUCCAGGAGCAAUUGUAGCAUUUACACAAGAAUUUGAGGGCAGUUCCUCCAAAGCUUUUACGGAAGCCACAUUACAGCCCAAUUGUACCCAUUGUGGAAAAGUAUUCAGUUACAAUGACUUAGAAAAUCAUGUGUGCAUAGAAAUCAGUGUUACUGAAGGCCCAGUAAAAGUGGAAAAUUGCCAAAAUGAAGUGGGCAGACCUCCAGAUUCAUCACAGGGACAUCAGGCAGAGGAGCGGCCUUACCGGUGCAACUUGUGUGGCCGUACAUAUCGUCAUGCUGGAAGUCUGCUGAAUCACAAGAACACUCAUAAGACUGGGCUGUACAAAUGCUCUGUCUGCCUUAAGCAGUUCUGUAAUCCCAUGGCGAUGAAGAACCAUUGCCGUACUCACACAGCAGAGAAACGCUUCCAGUGCCUUGAGUGUGGCAAAGCAUUUCGCUCUUCCAGAGAGCUAAUUUGUCAUGAGAGAGUCCACACUAGUGAAAGGCCUUUCCAUUGCCCAAUCUGCAACUGUGGAUUUAGCAGCAAGCUAACCCUUCGGCAUCACCAACGGAGCCACUCAAAAUUACCUUCACUUAGUACUCGGACUGUUCCUUCCUCACAAGCUGUACCAGCUGAAGGUACGAAGACCUGUGAGGAGGAUCCCUCAGGCUCUGCCGAAGUUGCUUCUAAUAUUGAUUCUUCAAAUGGCCAAGAGGAACGUAGGUUCAAGUGCAACCAAUGUGAUCGCUCUUACCGACAUGCAGGUAGUUUGCUUAACCAUCGUAAAACUCACAGCACUGGGGUCUACCAAUGCCCAGACUGCCACAAAGAGUUCUUCAACCUCCUUGCUCUGAAGAACCACCUCCGUAUCCAUCGAUACCCAUGUCCAGACUGUGGUAAAGCCUUUCGUAUUGCCAGCCACUUAGCCACUCAUCUUAAGAUCCACGAGCAAGGAGGACCAUUCACCUGCCAACAUUGUAGCAAACGUUUCUUCUGCCUCUCCACUUUUGAACAACAUCAACUCACCCAUAACACCCAAGACACGGACGUGCUAGAGCCGCCACCCAUGGGCAACUUGAAGGUGGAAGUCACAUAAAGGCAACUGAAGCUGGUCAAACACUCAUAUAAGCGCACACCUUCUGACUUAAAGACUGAGGAUCCUGCUUAUUUUUUUGUUUUUUCUUCACGUUUAUCGUGCCAUAAACACUUUAAAAGACUGUCCGCCUGUAAAUAAGAAAGCUUAGUAAUGAAUGGACACCAACACUUACUAAAUUGUAAACAAAAGUGGUACAGGUUUUCUUUAUUCCUUCACUUUACUGCUUUUCUUUUACAUUUUUGUUUUUUAUAAAAACUGCAAAAAAUAGGGAAAAAAAUAAGGAAAAUAACCUUUUGAGCAGAUGCACUUCUGUGAAAUAUAAUGGUGCUUUAACAGGACUUUGGACACUGUUCGGAGUGUCUCUUAUAGAGAUAGGACGUAACACAUCAGCCCUUUCCCUAGUUAGAUGAUCACCGCCCCUUUUACUAGUAUUAUAAACAUUCAGGUGGGGGAUAAACUUUAGGGGCAGCAUAUUAGCUUGAAACGAGUUACACCACCUAGCUAUAAGGCUGUUAUUGGAACUCAUUCCCAGGGCAGGCUCAGCCUGCAGCACUGUGCAGCCAUGGGGUUAAUUUAUCUUGUACAGUGUUCUGGGAACAUGUAUGCUCACAGUGAGGGAUGGGGGUGAUACACAUAAAUUAAUAUUGAAAGUC